AUGAAUGAAUACAAUUUAGCUAUUGAAUACUUGACCGGCUUAAAAUUAACAGAUAAUAGUCUGUCUAAUGCUUGGAUAUACAGUAGUACUGGUGAUUGUUAUGAAAAACAACAACUGUAUAAUCAUGCAAUUGAUUACUAUAUGAAAUCAUUGACAAUGAUUGAAAAGAUUUUACAAAAUAAUGAUAGCUUAUCAUGUCUUGAAACUGAACUUGGACGUUUAAAUAAUUGUAUUGGAUUAUGUUACGAUAGAAAUGGUCAGUCUAAUACGCUAGUACUGAACUAUUACAAGAAAUCAUUAGAGUAUUAUAAAAACUGUGAUAAUUUUGAAAAUUGUAUUAUUGUCUAUAAAAAUAUUGCUAUAUUUUGCUCGAAGAAAAAUGAUUAUCAUUUAUCAAUAGAAUACGUUAGAAUGUGUCAAAUUCAAAAGAUAUAA